CUGAGUAAAGAAACAGGACGGCCACUCGGCCAGUAUCAAAGAAUUGAGUCAACUCUACUCAAAUCCAAUCACUCAGAAGUUAUUGUGAUCAAUUCAGUUGAAGCAGGACACUUCUUGCUCCUCAAGAUGGCCCAUCUAAAAGUGACAGCUCUCGCUUGGGCUCCUAACAACAGCAAACUAGCAGUGUGUACUGUGGAUAGGAUUGUACUCCUCUUUGAUGGGCAUGGGGAGAAGAGAGACAAGGUUUCAACAAAGCCUGCCAACCCUGACUUAGGUAAGAAGUGUUAUCAGGUUACUGGUCUAGUGUUCUCACCAGACUCCACUAAGAUUGUUGUUGGACAGUCUGACAAUAUCAUAUUCGUUUAUAAGAUAGGAGAGCAAUGGGGAAAUAAGAAAGUCAUUUGCAACAAAAUCAUAUUACAAAGUGCUGUCACUACCCUUAUAUGGCCUGUACAGCAGCCAACCUUUAUAUUUGGUUUAGCUGAUGGCAAAGUGAAGCUUGGUAAUGUAAAGGGGAGCAAGUCACAGACCAUUUAUUCAUCAGAAUCUUAUGUGGUAUCACUUACUUCAAGUCCUUCAGGUCAAGGUAUAUUGUGUGAUCAUGCUGAUGGUACUAUAGUGAGAUACACUUUUGAUAAUGACAGUGAACUGAGCAAAGGUCCAGUUUGUAAGCACAGUUGUUCUCCCUAUGCUCUCUCCUGGUCAUUGACUAGUAUUGUUGCUGCUGGAUGUGAUAGGAGAAUUAUGGUAUACAACCACUCUGGUAAGCCUAUUCAACAGUUUGACUAUUCAAAGGAAGAAGAUGAGAAAGAGUUUAUGUGUUCAGCGACAUCUCCUAGUGGACAGACUGUUGUACUGGGGAGCUUCAACAGGCUCAGUUGCUAUAGAAAGCUCAUGGUUUGGUAAACCGGACAGGGCAAUACAUUAUAGCUACUCUCUCUGCCAUGGAGAUGAGCAAUCAUUCUCUAGCUGUUGGAAAGUAACUCAUUCUCUUUCUGAAGGUGCCUCUCAUCUCCUCCAAGUUUGAGCAUAAUAUCAUCUAAAAUUGUAUGUACAGUUACUAUAAACUAUAUUAACAGCAGUAGUACUUCAACCAGAGUUUCUAGUAGCAGGAUAUGACCUAGUUCCAGCAGUGUGUUGACUAGUAGGGUAUCAUCUUCUAGCUGUAUAAUCAUUAGCAGCAGUAGCAGUAUAUUCUCUACCACCAUAAACAGUGUAUCAUCUACUACUACCAGUGUAUUAUUUGCAGUUUCCAGUGAAUUCUUUUAUUCUACUGUUAAAUCACCUACUAGUAGCAGGAUGUCAUUUCAUAAUAGUGUAUCAGCUAUCAUCAACAGUGUUUCAUCUUCAAAAGGUGGUGACAGACCCACACACAGUGC